AUGGGCUACGCUGUUCUGGCUGAAGCUGAAGCUGCCGCCACUGCUGCAAUGACCCCUGCCGCUGGUGCUGGUUCUGCGGAUUUUGCCCCGUCCUACCGCCGAAAGCCUGUGUCUGCGGCGGCAGCAGCAGCCGCAGCGUCUUCAGCUCGCAUCCUGCUUGCGGCAGGAGAGGAAGUGCCUCAUGCUGCUAUCAGGCCCAGCCGGCAACAGCCAGUGCUGCAGUUGUUAGCACUGGCAGCAGGGGUGAGUGGCAGCCUAGCAGGGAGAGCAGAGAGAUCAGAGAGAGCAGGGAGAGCAGGAGGGGAAGAAGAGGCAACAGGAAAGAGAUAG